AUGACACAGCAAGUUGCUAGUAUAACUUGUUCGCACAGGGGUCUGAAAGCUUUUCAGUCAAGACUGGUCGGGGCUCUGGAGAGGAAGAAUCUACAUCGAUCACGAUGCGAGCAACAAGGUUAUGCAGAAGGGUGGGUUGGUUAUAUACUCUUAUGCGCGUUCCUUCUUCAAACCUUUUGGUAUGUAUUGCCCCCUAACUAUAGAUCAGAUCCACCAGACGAGAAACGAAAUUCCGCACUGCUGCUGAGUCGUCGGACUUAUCCACCAAGGGAUUCGUGGAAUUUCUCAAGAAAGAAAAGAAAAUGAUUGUUUUUUAACCAGCGCCCCCCUUUUGGGUAUGCAGGUACUAAGAGUCCUCUCACUACCAACCAGCAGACAUCAUCUGGUUGGGUCUUGCCGGGGAGAUCGGAGCAAGAGGGAAGGCCUAGACGACGUUUUUAUCAUUCCUGGGCUGCAGUAAGUAGAUCGAGAGGUCGUUCCGCCCCUUGUCCCCGAAUUAGGGUAAUAUAUUCUCUUUGAAUCUUGCUCCAAUCUGACCUAGCUGGCGAGCAAUCCCAGUUCGCGACAGAGAACAAGACAGCAAGCGAGCGUACCUUUGUUCGCUUCUUCUCCACCAAGCACGGAAGUUUAAGGAUAACUGUAGGUCGGUGGUUACCUAAGGAAACUCCGAUUCGAUCCGCCCCCCGGCCGGGAGGCAUCUAUCUCAUCCCGAUCACAAGGAGAGGUUCACUAUGAUGGGGGGUACUUUUUUUUUCCCUUUCGGAUAAAAUGAAAUGCAUAGGGGACCAUCCUUUUGUUGCGGCAUGCUCCUCAGAUUUACGGAUUCGAAGGGGGCCUCAGGCCCUACUUAGUUGACUGA